UCAGUGCGCAAAAGAUGCCAGCCACUCAAACUCCAUCUCGUCUCAAAACCCUGACCUCUAUUUAAGCAAGACGGAGGGGCAGGGGAUGUGGUAGGCCGCCCACGAGUCUUCCUUCCUCUUUGCCUGCUCCCAAAUCUCGCGCCCCACGACUUCUUUCAGAAUGGCACUCAACAAGGAGUAUACGUAUGCGGAUCUGGAGAAGGAACCAUACUGGCCAUUUGAGAAGCUGCGGAUCUCGAUUACGGGAGCUGGCGGGUUCAUAGCCUCCCACAUCGCGAGGCGCCUGAAGGGCGAGGGGCACUACAUUAUCGCCUCUGACUGGAAGAAGAAUGAGCACAUGGAGGAGGAUAUGUUCUGUCAUGAGUUCCAUCUUGCUGAUCUGAGGGUGAUGGACAACUGCCUCAAGGUGACCACUGGGGUCGAUCAUGUUUUCAACCUUGCAGCUGAUAUGGGAGGGAUGGGCUUCAUCCAGUCUAACCACUCCGUGAUCAUGUACAACAACACUAUGAUCAGCUUUAACAUGCUUGAGGCUGCUAGAAUCAAUGGCAUCAAAAGGUUCUUUUAUGCCUCAAGUGCUUGCAUCUACCCUGAAUUUAAGCAGCUGGAAACUGUAGUUAGCUUGAAGGAGGCAGAUGCUUGGCCUGCUGAGCCUCAAGACGCUUAUGGCUUGGAGAAACUUGCUACUGAGGAACUGUGCAAGCAUUACACAAAGGACUUUGGCAUUGAGUGCAGGGUUGGUCGCUUUCACAAUAUAUAUGGUCCAUAUGGAACAUGGAAGGGUGGAAGGGAGAAGGCACCUGCUGCUUUCUGCAGAAAGGCUCAGACCUCCACUGAUCGCUUUGAGAUGUGGGGAGAUGGUCUGCAGACUAGAUCCUUCACAUUUAUUGAUGAAUGUGUAGAGGGUGUCCUCAGGCUAACGAAGUCUGAUUUCCGUGAGCCUGUAAACAUCGGAAGCGAUGAAAUGGUGAGCAUGAAUGAGAUGGCUGAGAUAGUCCUCGGCUUUGAGAACAAGCAGCUGCCCAUCCACCACAUCCCAGGCCCUGAGGGUGUUCGUGGCCGGAACUCCGACAACACUCUCAUCAAGGAGAAGCUUGGCUGGGCUCCAACCAUGAGGCUGAAGGAUGGGCUGAGGAUCACAUACUUCUGGAUCAAGGAGCAGCUAGAGAAGGAAAGGGCGGAAGGCGGCGACGUUUCAGCCUAUGGAUCAUCCAAGGUCUGCACCACGCAGGCGCCAGUCCAGCUCGGCUCCCUCCGCGCUGCAGAUGGCAAGGAGUGAACACUCAUCCUGGGCAAGAAGACCAUGUCAUGAUAUGCUGCUGGUCUCAGAUUUCUUUCACGGUCCUAUUGUUUGUUAGUUGCAACACCAUCUGUGCCAUUUCUUGAUUCAGUUUGGAAUUUCACAUACUGCUUUUUGUUGUUGUUGUAAACGAGAAUAACUGCUAUGAUUAAAAAGAGGAUGUCAGUGUUAUAGGCCACAAUAUUAUACAUGUAACAUGAUGUUGGUUCAUCUUCACGACAAACCAUGAAAUAAAACUUCUUAGUUACCUUCGA